AUGGCCACGUCCUUCGCGAUGCGCCGGGCCACCGUCGCCGUCCUCGCGGCCCUCGUCCAAACCUGCGGCGGCUUCGCCGCGACGCACGCGCCGCGCCCGAAAACGACGCUCGCCGCGUCCGACGACUCCUGGGCCGUCGAGCUCCAGCAGGCCGCCGGCGGCGCGGAGGAGAAGGAGGCGGCGUCGUGGCUCAAGGGCAAGAACGCGGGCGUGGAUGGCGGCGAGCGCGCGCGCAACGACGCGCUCAUGGCCUGGCUCACGGACAACGACGUCUGGGUCAGCGAGCUCAGCGGCUGGAACGUGCCGCCGCACAGCAUGGCGCUCGCGACGACGACGUUCGACGAGCUCGAGGGCGAGGACAGCGGCCGCGGGCUGCUCGCGCGGCGCGCGAUCACGCAGGACGCCGAGCUCAUCCGGUUGCCCGUGCGGCUCUGCAUGACCAAGGCGUCCGCGCUCAAGGCGCGCGAAUUGAGAGGUUCCCUGAACGACGACACGAACGAGUACAUCGCCAUCGCGCUCCUGCUGAUCCUCGAGCGGUCCAAGGGGUCCCGCAGCUUCUGGUCCGAGUACAUCGCCAUCCUCCCGACCAACGAGGACGUCGGCGCGACCUUCACGUGGCCCGCGGAGGAGCUCGCAUACCUCGAGGGGUCGCCCGCCGCGUCCGCGACGGCGUCGAUGAUGGCCAAGCUCCGCGCGGAGCACGCCGCCGUGCUCGAGGGGAACAGUGCUCUGGACCCGGAGAUCUUCACCUUCGAGGCCUGGCAGUGGGCCUUCACGAACCUCUUCAGCCGCGCGAUCCGGUUAAAGGCGUCGCGCGCCGGCGAGCUAUUGGCGAUGGUGCCCUACGUCGACUUCAUCAACCACAGCCCCUUCUCGUCGAGUUAUGUUGAUGCCCGUGAAGUCCCCAAGGCCUUCCCCUGGGAGGAGAAGGAGGACGAGGUGGUCUUGUUCGCGGACCGGGCCUACAAGAAGUUCGAGCAGGUCUUCAUCUCCUACGGCCCGAAGUCGAACGCGGACCUGCUCUUGCUCUACGGCUUCGCGCUGGACCGGAACCCCUUCAACAGCGUCGACCUGGCCGUGGGCGCGUCGAAGGACGACGCCCUCUACGACGCGAAGGAGCGCUUCGCGCGCGGCGCGGGCCGCGACGUGUCGAGCGCCGCGUUUCCGCUCUACGCGGACCGGUUCCCCGACGAGCUCGUCCAGUUCCUGCGCAUGGCCUGCGCGACGGAGGACCACCUGGGGGCGCGGCCGUUGGACGACCCGGACAACUACGUCGACAUCCUGUCCCUGGACAACGAGCUCGCGGUGCUCGACACGAUUCGGGACGCGUGCGACGCCGCGGUCGCCGCGUACCCGGCCAAGUCGGGGGACGACGUGCCCGACGCCUUCCUCUCGCGCAACCAGCGCAUGGCGAAGCGCCUCGUCAACACGGAGAAGCGCAUCCUCCUCAAGACCAUCGCCGCCGUCGAGCGCAAGUCCAACGAGCUCCUCGCCGCGCCGUCGUUCGCGUUCGAGCGGCGCCAGCCGGACGUGCUCUCGAACUUCAAGUAA